AUGGAUACACUUGAGGAGAAGCGCAGAAAGCUUCGGGAGUUGCGAGAGCGUCGCGCACAAAGCCUUGCUCCUUUUUCAGCGGGUUCAAACGAUGAUUUGGCGUCACAUUUGUUGAAAUCGGAGCAUUUGACCAAGCAAAUCGAAAUGGUUAGCAUAAGCACUCAAACAGAAGAGCCAGCUGCCUUGGAAACUAAAUCAUCGGAUAUUCCAGCUAUUUUGACCUAUGAACAAGCCAUCCAAACCGAUCCAAUCGAUAUUUCAGACGACAGCAGUGGUCAUCACUCAGACAAUAUGGGUAACGAUAGCGAAGUUCUUACUGGUGAUGGCGAAAGAGGCGGGAUUUCAGAUGUUGAGCCGGAAUUACUGCCGCAAUUGGACUCGAAACCAGCUUUUUCCAGAUCUGUGGAACCCUACGUCGUCGAAAGCCAGGCUUUAACUUUGGGCGUAAAGUCGUUUUCUCUGCUCGAAGCUUUGGAUAAGACAAAAGCGGCACUCACUCAAAAAGAGUUACAAAAUACAGAGCAUUUCACCAUUUCGCAUAGUUUGGGCCCCGAAAAAAUGGAUGUCGACGCGGAAAUUGAAACCAAGUGCGCAUGGGUCGACUAUUACCUAGAAUUGGCUCUCGUUGUGUACCAAGACAGUUACAAAACUUCUCCAGAACCCUCGGUUUCUUCUAGCAGAGUCUCGAUUUACAAGCUUAGCACCGCAGAACUGGUCGAUACGGUAGAAUUUAAAGGACAGAGGAUUUUACGUGGUAAAUUUGUGCGUCGGACGAGAUCUACCGUGACGUCAGCCUUGCUGACCUGCUACAACGGCAAGACGAUUUUGUAUGAAGCAAGAGGCAUCACUGACCCAAAUCAGAACUUAUCCAUCGAGCGAAACCUCAUAGUACGAAAUUUUCAUCAUUAUCCGGCUUUUGCCCUAUGGCAACACCACAUAGAUAGCCCGAGAGUACUUGUCGGUAGUACAGAUGGCACUAUUAGCGAUUUGGAUGUUUUGAAAAUGGAAGUGUAUCAAACUACAGAAGCAGGAACUCAUUUUAAGAUAUCGCCGGUCUCAUCCUCGACAUUACUUUUAUCUGAUGACCCCAACGACGACUCACAGGCCCCUUCAGGUUUCCGAGCGCAACUCGACAAGCAAUCUCGCUACGACGAGACUGCCGUGACAGCUUUGGUUACGAUGCCACAAGAUCCCUCUGUUAUUUAUGCAGGCUGUGAGGACGGAGGAAUAUACAAGAUCAAUGUGAACUCUGUAAAAUCAGGAGCCAUCACGAUUGAUACGGACAAUAAUGGGUUUGUUCCAAAGAACGCUGGCGAUUCUAAGGACAUUUUUCAUUCUUUCCCCAUCACGGGCCUCUGCCAAUGCGCGAACGCUCCGAAUUUACUGUUGUCGUAUGGCAUGGACUGGGAGUGUAAAUUAUGGGAUGUAUUGAACAAUCAAUUACUUGUAACCAUCGAAAUGGACUAUCCGGUGAUUUACAGCGAAUGGAUGAGUGAUGAAGAGAAUUACUACAUUUUUGUUUUGACUCCCACUGCUCUUACGGUCUAUAAACCCAUGGUUGUACUUGAGUCUUCGGAUUCUGGGGUGUUUUCCUGGCGCACGACUGGAAAACCGAAAGAGAUUUUCAGCAUCGAUGUAUCGCACUUUGAAGAGCUUACCUAUUUCACUAGCGUCGCGGUGUUCAGAGAAAGUGGAAAAUGCUAUGCUUUGUUGGGCGGAAACGGAAUUCGGCAAAUAUGCGUCCUCUUGAACAUUUAG